UGCGCCGGACUGUUUUUUUAAUGAGACGCCGAUCAUAUGAUCGCGCGCGACCGCAUACCCGUGCCUCCAAUUGUGCAACAACGUCUCGCCCGUAGCUGGGCGACGGACGACGCGCGGCCAAGUCCCCCUCGAGCGCGCGUCACCUCGCACGUUGCGUUGCCGCGGACGCUCCCCUGGCGUCCGAGGCGACGAUGCGAACCGAGUCGCGUGUCGUCUCGUCGACUGCCCUCGAGAGCUUACCCCCCCCCCCGAGAGCGCGGUUUGCGUACGAGAUCUUGACCGUCCUGUAUUCUAGGGCCGUACGGGAAUUCUGCGGCUUGCUGCCGAGGCUUCUCGGUAACCAGCGAGAAACCAUGAAAAGCCGUGUCCCCUUCGAGGAUUGUCCUCGCCGUUGGAUGCCGCUGGUUGACGAUACCGAGAAGCGUCGCUAGCAACGUUACAGAAUCCCCGCACUGGUCUACGAUACACUAGGUAAGCCUGGAGCAAGGAAAUCUAUUUCAUCUCUCGCUCCUGCUUGAGCUCUUGCGUUUACUUUCGGCGAAUCGAAGCUUGUGCCACCGAUAUUUCGCCCUUAUUUCAGUUUCUUUACGGCGAAAGGUUAUGAUUCUCCUGCGCUUAAGGUCACUAUUGCAUUUGUCGCACGACACAUGCUUUAAGCGCGUUGACUGGCUACAAGCUAGAAAAUUUUUAGCUUGUAGCCAGAAAAAAAAAGCUAAAAAAUUUCUAGAUCUUGGAGAAUUUUCCUAUCCUGGAGCCAAUCGACACGCUUGCCGCUCGACAAGUGUAACACAAAUCUGAUUUGCUGCAGGCUUGCUCCAUUUGCGGUAGACUAGGCCUUCGAUUUUUGUUUGAUGUGUAGGUUAGCGUGCAGUGGCCGAAAACGUGUUCGCUCCCUCUGCCUUUUCGCAUCGUGGCGUGAUAGAAAACAAUUGCAAACUUAUCUCUCAUGCUAUCGCGUAUAUUAGUUAAGAGAUUCGGUAAGAGAAUAGUAGAGAAGAUUAGUAAUUAUUUGUCGUGUAUUUUCUCACAUUUAAGUCACCGACAGGGAGUUUGCAGGGAGUUAUUCGUAUUCCUUAUUGCUGCAGCUGCGACAAGCUCGAUCUAGCUUCUAGUAGGUGUACGCUCGAUCACGCUUGAUUGUAAUAGUUGUCUUGUGUUUCAGAAACAGGGUAGAAAAUGUCAGAGCCUGAGGAAAGUCUGGCGGCGCCCGAUAGUACCACAAGGGAACAGCGGGUUGGCUUCUCUCACGGAGACGAUGUUCUUCAGCACAGAGAUGGCAAAUAUUACCUUGGUACAGUUGUCGAGGUGGACUUGGCAGGGGAGAGAUGUCUUGUCAACUUUCUGGACAACACAUCUUCCUGGUCGUCGUUUAAAGAGCUGGCAAAAUUGGCUAUGCCAGACUCGGAUGUUAUGUGUGUCCUCUGCAAAAAGUCUCAGCCUAAGACCGACAAUGACAUUGUUGUCUGCGACAAAUGUGGCCGUGGCUAUCACCAAAUGUGUCACCAGGUGCGCAUCAGAAUACUUAUUCGAUAUACUGAGAUCGUAGAAAUAAGUUAUACGUCAGAAACUGACGGAGACGUGAAGUACGGUUUAAUAAAUGAAGAACAUAACAUGCGUUUGCAGCCCGAAAUACCAAAACCAGAGCCAGGUAAAGAUAGUCACUGGAUAUGUAAAAGAUGCACAGAUAGCCAGCCACGUACGCGUGAAUCUUGCGAGCCGAAAAACUCCAUGGUUAAAGCAAGCAUCAGAAAGGUUUGCAGCGGCAGGGACCAACCUCAACCACCACCAGAUGACAUGACAAAAUUGCCAUAUGAUCCCGAUAUGCUAAGUUGGGAUCAUCAUCACAGAGUGAACGCCGAACAAAUUUAUUGUUACUGUGGACUUAAUGGCGAAUGGUAUGCACAGAUGUUACAGUGCGGUCGUUGUAAGCAAUGGUUUCAUGAAAAGUGCAUCAGGUGCUUAACUUAUCCCUUGUACAGUGGUGAUAGAUUUUAUGUAUUUGUUUGUUCAAUGUGCAAUCAUGGGAAAGAAUUUGUUCGGCGUUUAGAAAUGAAGUGGGUAGAUCUGGUGCACCUGAUGUUGUACAAUCUGACUGUUUAUAACGCUAAAAAGUAUUACGACUUCGACACCGUUAUUAUACCUUACGCGAAUGACAACUGGUUGACCCUGCAGCUUCCACCGCGGAUUAGAGAUGUCAGUGUUGAAGUACGCAGAGAAUCAAUAUUGACAGUGUUGACGAACAAUAGAAACAGGUUCAAGUGCGGUAAGGAAAUCAAGAAGCGCACCACAAUAUGGGGUCUCCGUACCAGACUGCCGCCACCUUCUCCAUUUAUCAGCCUUCCAGUAUCCGGCGAGAUAGACGAUUCUGUGUUACGCAGAUGUUGGGCUGGUAAUAAAAGACUGCAAUACCUUCCACCACCAACAGGCCCGGUAAGUUUGCCAGAAAGUACAAAACAAUUGAUUGCGUUGAAACAAAAGGUGGCAGAGGAUGUUGAAAUUCCUGUCAGUCCUACACACUUGGUAAUGCGGGGUACGCUUUAUCAAAAUUCGGAAGCAGAACAAAGUUCGUGUCCAAGUCCACCUCCAUUAACAGAAUCCAGUCAAUCAAUAGAAUCGUUAAGAAGCAGAUAUUGCAGUAUAGGCGGCGGUUUUGUAAAAAAAUCAUUCCCAUUUCCUAAGUUGAGUGUACACAAAAGAAUUCGUCGUCUACUAGCAUUAGGCAAUUCACGGAAAAGAAUGCUACGUAAACAGAAGAAAAGGGAGAAAGCGUGUGGAGAUAGUACGAAGGAAAUAUCGUUAGAAGACCGAGAAGCGAGAUACAGGAAAGCAAGAAUAUUAUUGAAAAAUGCCAUUGCCAAGGUAAAGGAAAGGAAGAGCAAACCACAGAGCUCGGAGGCGUCCGAUUUACCUCCGACACCACCAACCUCCGUUUCCGGACCGCCGACACCGCCAGCUGCAACGUCGGGCAUAUCCGAGCUGUCUGUGCCUAGUUCUGUGGAUCUUAUGCAUCCUCUGCCACCUUCGACGCCGGCGGACACGAGUGGCGACGAGACCAGUUCGAGAGGAACCCUCGAUUCUUUUAUUCCACCACCCAAAGAUUUCGAGGGGAAGAAUAAUCCGUUCAGUGAUUUAGUGGGCACACCCUGUAGCCUUAAUCAAGUAAACUCGAGUACGCCGUUACCCUACAACCAGUGCCCCAUCACGUUGCCUCUGCCACUGACGCCUGUGAUCUCGCAACCGCCGGUGGUGCGUCCGGCCAAGAGGCAGUUAUCGGAGAAGGAUAUUAUCGUUGACAGAAACGGACAGGUGAAGCGUAGAAGGCAGCAUCGGCGGGGACGUCCGCCCAUCCAGCAGCAAGUCCAGCAACAAUUUCAGCACACCGCUAGCAAGACGGCGGCUAUUCUACCGGCUCGUAAUAACGAAGUUAAAAGUGAAUUUGCCAGGAAUUUAAGAAGUUCAUUUAAUGGUGCCUCGAGCAGUGCAAGUAGUCAAAUUGGGAAUUGUGUGGAUUAUGCCUUAAAUGGUAGGAGGUUGAGACAGCGGCAAAGUAAUGAUAAAUUACCUCCUCCCGAUCCGCAACCGCAAAGAAAGAGCAGCCUGUCUUCAUCCCCAAAGUGUUCGCCUGUGAAGCAAAGUGCGCCCGACAUAUCUCUGGAUGAUCUAAAAUCGUCGGUGAAUAUUUACUUCGGUGCGGCUAAUAGAAUAGCCGCUGGUGAAAAGUUUGCUAUGAAAGCGAAGAGGAUAGGGCCGAACGGUCAGAUGCAGUACCUCAUCGAAUGGGAGGGACUCAAUACUUAACGGUAAAUAAUCCGCUUACUACGAAUACAUUGCAAUCGUAUACAAAUUUUUAAGUUGAGAUCAAGCGUAAGGCAUCCUGUAAUCAAUCUUCUCGAUUUGCUUUUACAGCGAAAUGAUUGUGAUCGAUUGUUUUGCGUUACAUGCACUGCCACUUGUUACGUACAUUUCAUUAAAAUGUAUGUAUUUAUCGGCGUAGAAUAUGUGAGUGUUCUUGUAAACGUAUGUUUCUCAUUUCAGUCUUGCGCGACAUUUUUAUUACGCUUAUGAUAGACAUUAUUGUUAGACAAUGAAUUCAUCGUCCCAUUUAGAAUAAAAUUGACUUAUCGAAUGUGUGUGUAUCAAAUUAUGUUGCUCGACGAUCUUUUUUUUUACGUUCAUCUAUUUUUAAUCUAUUUUUUUUAUUUUAAUAGAAACAAAGUAUACGAUACACGUUGAUUCUCUCGUACACUUAUCACCGCUCACACACAUGUACAUCUGAAACGAAUACACACACCGAAAUGCUCGUUUGGAAAAAAAAAACGUUUGCAAGAACAACCGGAUGUAUUGCUUGUAAUCUGUAAAUAGUGUAGCAUAGUAGACUUGCGGAAGUGAUCGAAGUAAUCCACGCGAGAACAGUCCCAUGUGACUUGCAUUCAUCUACAGAAAGAUUGGCCAAUCGUCUUCUCUAAGUAUCACGGACAAACCAUGAGUAUGAAUCAACAAGAAAAAAAGAACCGAGUCGAACCAGAUACUUGUUCCUCUUACUUGUGCUAACGUACUAGCGAAUGUUAGUGGUUAGCGGUAAAGAGUAAAGCAAAGCAGACAUCCUGCAAAGGUUAUUUUUCAAUACACUCGUAGAGGUAAUCGUCGCCUUCUGUAACUUCAUUGUCUUGGGUCGCAAUUCCGCUUGUUCUUUCGGUGGUCAAUGACACGACGCAAAUCAAAAAUUCUCAAUAAAGGAACUCGACUUUUACGCUCGCGAAUCAAUUUGCAUGACAUUGAAUGCAUUAAAGGGACGCAAUUGUAAUAUAAUAUAAUCGUACGGAUCAGACGCAAGUCAGUUGUAUUUGAGACGAUGAAGGUACAGAUUUAGCAUUGCUCAUUAUUAUACAAGACUAAGAGAAAACGGCACAUCUGUCUCGUACCAUUUGAAAUUAAACGAACGGCGCACUGAAUAUGUAAGUAAUUGGCCAAGUUAUCUGUGCAAAAAUAAUACCGUAAAUAUGGACUACUCGAAAAACUGUGUUAUCAGGCAUACGAUACGUGAGCUCAUUAUUGUGUAGCUGUGCACUGUAAAAAAAACGAUCUUCAUGCGUUAAAAACUAGAAGCUAAAUUACUAUUGUACAUAAAAAUAGGUUGGUAUCUAAACUGUCAUGUAACGCAGUUAGAUACUAGUAGUCGGUAAUUGUAACAGUCUCGCAAAUUACCUUACAAUAAUUUUUGAUACAGAUUAUUUUAUACGACUCUGGACCCUGCUGGGAUUAUUGCGUAAGAAGCAUUUUGUACCUCAAACUGCACAGAAUCUAUGGUCAUAACUUACUAAUCAGAAAAUAUAAGCAACUAUAGGGGGAUAUAAAGUAGACAUUGCAGUAGUAGCCACGAUUAGAGACUCAAAUCAAAAGAGCUUAUUAGAAAUGUGAACUGAACAUUUCAUUUUCGGUCUAUGAUGAGUUAUAGAGAUUCGUUCUUACAAUGGAACCUUGUUUUGCAUCUGUUCAUGACGCGUCGCUGACGGGAAAUCAAUGUACAAAUCCUUGUUUCUGGUGUUUUACGUCAAUUGGAAACCCUAUCGGAAACAAUUUUAAUUGUGACAGUUGCUUAUGCACGAUUGUAAUGAUCUUUUAGAAGCGUAUCUACGUUUUUUUUUAAUAUAAAUUAAUUCUUAUCGAAUCUUGCUUAAAUUCAAUAAGUGAAUGUCAUCUUAGAUAAUUUAUUUUCGAGUUUCUCUCAUUAGACUAAAAUGGCGAAUCCAUAAAGAAAACUCAUGCUCGAACGUCAACAUUAUGAAACAUAGGAAUUCAUCACUGCUAUUUAUUUAAACUUCCUAAUGCAAUGGCACUUUUGCAUUUUGGUUUCUUGGAAGAGGCUCAAGCAACCUGAGGCCACUGUGGUAUGAAAUGAGAGAUCCUUCACGAAUCGUCUUUUUAUUGUAGUCGGUAAAAUUUUAAGCGAGUCAAACGAGUGUGUCAAAAAUUUCGAAUCUUCCUUUCAUCAACCUUUAGACGAGUAAUUUUUUUUAAACCGUAUACAAUGGUGGAUAUUCUUUUCGUACCUUUCGACUACGGCAACUCACGUUUCAUAUACGUAUUUCUCACAACUUUCGUAAUGCGUUGUCUAGCGAUGUUAUUUAAAAAAUUUCCAUUAACAUUAUAUACACGUAUGUAUGUGAUUUCAUGUAGUUACAACAAUUUCAAGAAUAUCUUUUUCGAUUCAUACCACAGCAGACUAUUGACAUCUUUUCUAGAGUGAUACGUAGGUAAUAUUGGACGAAGACAAGAAAUGGAAAACACUGCCAAAUUUCUAAGUUAUAUUUAAUAAAAGACGUCGGACAUUAUUGCGUUAUGGUAUGUAAUGACGUUUAAUUAAAUCGAAUUGCGAUUCAUACUUAUCGUCGCGCGUUAUUUCGCGGGCGAAUUUCGCGGAGAUGUAUCGCUAACAAAUUUCAUUUCAACGAAGCCAUUUCAUGCGAGUCGCUGAAAGCAAGAUGAGGCGUGAACCUAAACGGUUUCCCGCAUUUUGAUGUGAGAGAUGGCGUAGGGGAGGCGAAAACUCGAAUAGCUUGUUGAACAAAGUUGAAGAGGCGUACGGCAUUUCUGGUACAUUUUUCUACAACUCCGUCUCCAGUUGCACGAUAACAAUGGCCGAGUCUAGGACGUGAAACCAAAAGGACACAAGGUCGAAAGAAACACAAACGUAUAGAUUGAGGCUUUAACUCCUUAGUCAAGGUGAAUUGUAAAGACUGCAAAAACCGUAGGAUUGUACGUGUAAUAUGCUAUUGCAUUCUCUAGCCUUGACCUGGUAUUUAUUGAUACCUUGUUUUCCUUUAUAUGUACGUAGCAACGAAGUAAGUUCCAUUAGGCGGUAACUAAUUCUAUCAGCCAUGAAUCUAAUUUGAAUAUUGUACGGUUAUCGAUAACCGAAGCGAUAAAAGGACAAAAUGCCUAAAUGUAAAUGCCGAGAGUUCAGUAUUCGCAAAAAGGAAGUCAUUAAUGCUGCUUUUAUAUUAUCUUGCGUCUGAUAUAAGAACUGAUGUUUGUUAAUUCGUAUCGAAGAAACUUAUUAAUUUAUUAAUUUAUCAGAUCAGAUUGAGCCGAGCUAGCUAGCGAAAAGUAAGAGUUUCGAACAGUUUUUUGUCCAAUUCAUCAUUUAUAGAAAAGAUUCCUAGUCGAUUUAUGCGCAAUCUCGUCCGUCUGUGCUUCUAGAUCUGGCCUUAAAAGAGUAUUGCCACGUGCAAUGAAUAAUGAAUUUUACGAAAGUUUUUUGAAAUCUUAUCACACAUUUUACUAGCAGAAUGUAUAGUAAAGUUUCCAAAAACUCAUACAGUGCUUCGAAAUGCCACGUUGUCCCACGAUUACAUGAUUUUCGUGGCAAAUUUUAAGGGAAAAAUCUGUCGGUGUAUCAUCGAUGAUGAAAUAGUCCUUUUUCUAAAACCGAAAGUAGCGCUUUGCGAGUCCUAAGCCUCUCCCACGCUCAUCUCCGUCGGUAUAACGAUACUAAAAGCGAUGCGAGACAAUUCCGUCGACGAUCCGUUGGCCGUUUCUUUCCCUUUAGCCGUAUGCUUAAGUAGGAUAAACGAAGGACAACACUGCGUCGCACCGACGCGACGGUGCAUUACUAAACGAUAUAAGCCGUUCGACCACGCGUUCCGACAUUGGGAGCGUCAUCUUCGCGACCUUCGCCGCGUUUUUGUACGAGAGUUUACACACGACUUCUACGCGUCCAGGGCGAACGACCGUCGCGGUCGGCGUCGGCGGAACAGCCGUCCCCCCAGGUCUAUCUCUGUCGCGCGUGGAAGUCGGAAAGUUCGGAGAGGAGAGCCCGUUAUUAAAGUUAACGCGCCGGCCCGCGGCGAUGAUUUUAAUCGCCGCGACGAAGCGCGGCCCCGCACGUCCCGCAGAGCCGAGGGAGAUGUUGUCUAGUUAAUUAUCGCUAUCGCGAGACGAGGUUGACGUUCGUUCGGCCGUGCGUGCCGUGCGUGCGAGCGCGUCGAAUCGGCGCGGCCGUGCGCGUCUAAUCGGAGCGGAACGUGCGGCCAGGGAGAUGGCAUGAGAGGGCGAAAGUUAUACUGCCAGUAUCGUGUGUACAUAUACUAUAUGACUCCCGCAUCCUCCUUCAUCGCUCGCCCUCCCCCUUUUUUUAAGCGUAUAAAAUAAUCCUCACACACAGGUAUCACACCCAAGCGUAGCGCAUAUAGUUCAUACGUUGUAUUACCGUUUGUACGUUUGCGACGAUUACGGAGCGCGCGAUAACAGAGCUCGAAGGAGGCUCGGCGUCGCGUCGCGUUCCGCAGCCGGGGGGUCCCACCGUUACGAGACUUCGAUCAGAGCGAGACAGCGGAGAAUCGCGGUAUCCCGGCGCUCGCGAGAUGCGUUCUCCAUAUCCUUGCGGCGCGUCCCCGACCGCGUGGGGGACCGGGGAGUUCCUCGAGUGAGGCUUCUUACGCGGAUUCGACAAUUGUACAUUUUUCUCCCGUCGUGUGCUUCAAUCGUGUCGACUACGAAGAAAUUUUUAUUUUAUUCUUUAUUCGCUUCAUUGAUUCACUUAUAAUAUUUAUUAUACACACACAC